CCAAUCAUUUCGCUCCGAGCGCACAGCCCCAGCAACCUAGCUCUACUUUGUUCGUAGGCUAGUAGAAGGCUAGUAAAAAAAAGACUUCUGUCCUACAUGUUUUCAAUUCAAUGAACCGUGAAUUGUAUAAUGUCCGAGAAUGUCAAUUUCUGGAACGCUGAGCAACUAUUAUGUGGACUCUAUAAUAAGUCACGAGAGCGAAGAUCCGACUUCAGUCAGGUUUUCCAAUGUACAGUAUUCCAACUCCAGGCAACCGGGGGGACAUGGCGAGCAUCCCGAAUUCCCCUCUUGUAGCUUCCAGCCUAAACCUCCAGUUUUUAGCUCGUCCUGGAGCCCGUUCAGCCCCCAUGCCUCCAAUGGCUUACCAGCGGUUUACCAUCCAUACAUCCCGACUCAGCCCGUGCCUUCCACGGACACGCGAUACAUACGCACUUGGCUCGACUGCGCUCCGCGCUCGGAGUCCCUCCCCGGGCAGGGGCAGGUCAAGAUGGAGCCGCUACUGGGACACCUCGGGGAACCCCCCAAAAUCGGUGGACACGAGUACAUUUUGGAAUCCUCUUCGGCAAGAGAGAUGAAUUCCAGCCAGGGUUCCGGAUUCGAGGACAAUAAGGAUAUCUGUGAAGGUAGCGAAGACAAAGACGGGCCAGAUCAAAAUGACCCCUCUGCCAACUGGUUGCAUGCCCGGUCUUCCCGGAAGAAGCGGUGCCCUUACACGAAAUACCAAACCCUCGAGCUCGAGAAAGAGUUCCUCUUCAACAUGUACCUCACCCGGGACAGAAGGCACGAGGUAGCGCGCUCCCUGAACUUGACCGAGAGACAAGUCAAAAUAUGGUUCCAAAACCGACGGAUGAAAAUGAAGAAAAUGAAUAAGGACCAACCCAAGGAUUAAGAAAAAAAGGGGAGUGCUAUUAAAAACACCACCAUCACAAAGAGUCUGCUUUCUCGUUACUUUUCCCUUAAAUAGGCAUACAUGGACUGUAAUGGUUAAAGUGGGGGUGCAGGAAGUUUGUUUUUAUUAUUUUCCAUAGCGAUGUGAAAUACCCUCUGACAUUAUAGAAGCGCAGACAAAUAGAGAAAACCCUUAUGAACCGUUGUAAGCUCAGUUGGUACAGCAUGGCGCUUGUGACGCCAGGGUAGAUGGUUUGUUUCCCGGGAUCACCUGUACAUAAAAUGUAUGCACGCAUGACUGUAAGUCGCUUUGGAUAAAAGCGUCUGCUAAAUGGCAUAUAUUAUACUAUACAGUAGAAAGGAGGGUGGAUUCACGCGGCUCUUUCUCAAGCACUACUUUGAUCACUUAUUUAUUGCUUUACGCAUGACACCAACGCUCAUCAGGAGAGGCAUGGAGGUGCCUAAACGUCGGUUUCAUGCGGUCAUUAAUACAUUAGAGAAACGGUUGUAGUCAAAGGGUGUGUGCAACCUGCAUUUAUUCUUAUCUUUUAGUUUUUUUCGCUCCAUUCCUCUGUUCAACUCCAUAGAUGCGUCUUACGUAAUGAUGGUGCUGAUCUUUCACGAAAAAUACAUUAUUUUAUUUUCCGAGCAGCAGUUCCCCAAUUCAGUUCCCCAACGAUGUUAUAUGUUAACUCGAUUAAUAACCUAGUGUGGCGUCACAUCCCCCAGAGCCUCUUUGACUGGGUCGCAUUUACCAAAAUAUCAGGGUUCCAGGUAUUUGUUGUAAUCCCUUUAAAUACUAACUCAACAGGUAUAUGCACACUCUUAUAUGUAUCUCUUUUUUCUACAUAAUAAUUUUACAUUCAAGUUCAUUGUACGUAAAAAGUGCGUAAUAACCUAAUAAGGGUUUCAUAUGGAAAGGUCUAUGACAGGGCUCUCCAACCCUGUUCCUGGAGAGCUUCUCUCCUGUAGGUUUUCACUCCAACCCCAGUUGUAACUAACCUGAUUCAUCUUAUCAACCAGACAUAUAUUAGAAUCAAGUACGCUAGAUUAGGGUUGGAGUGAAAAGCUACAGGACAGUAGUUUUCCAGGAACAGAGUUGGAGAACCCUGGUCUACGGGGUAUUUAUCCGUUAACAUUUCCUUGAGACCAAUGUUACUAUUUCGUUGUGUAAUUGCUAUAAAAAAAGUAUUUUAGACUACUUGACGUGGAAAUUAAUCAGGAAUACGUGUUUUCGGGUAGAUAGCGCGACGUGGUAUAUUUCAUUGAAGUAUCAUAUGCAACAAUGUUAGAUCACAUGCUAGAUGGAACCUUGUUCGCGACUGGGAUUAAUCCUAGUUUUAUAUAGUUUGGUCUGCCAAUAUAAGGUCAAUAGAUCCAAUGGCCUUGAGCCUACUUGCUUUGAUCUAAUGACUGUGCAGUCUAACAGUGGGACGUUUUUGAACAUUUACGUGGAAAUAAAAGGGCCUACAAUAACGCGCCCUUUUACGCUCUCUCUCAUUUUGAUAUUUGCCAUAAAAAGAUGUACUCCCAUGCGCUUAAAUACAGGAUAUAACAUAUGUCGAAGAAAAACAAGCCUACAUUGUCUAAGAAUAAAAUGUUUACAUUGUUAGCGCAUGCCUAAUAUCAUAAUGAAAUGUAAUUUAUUUCUUUAUGUUUGUGUGUUUUGGAAAUGAAAAUCUAUUUGAAGAAAAUGCGCCAUGCUAUAGCAGUUUUUGGAUGAUAAUAUUUCUAAUGACUUGUAAAUAGGCCUAGGUGAAUAAACCUCGAUUGUUUUUAUUGGAAUGAGUUGAAUAUGUUCAAAAUUGGUGUUUUGGGAAAUGACAUCGGAGUUGAAUGAGCAGACGUCGUUUUUCCAGUUUUAGAUAUUGUUUACAUGUUCUUGUCCAGAAUGUAUUGAGCGUUAACUGAUUUAACCGUGUUGUCAAUACAAUAAGGAAUGAUGUCAUUAUUUGGUGUACAUGUAUUUUUGUUUGUUUGUUUGUGUGAGUACUUACAAACAUACUGGGAAACUCUUAUGAUGCAUUUUCAGUGAGAUAUGAAUUGGGUGGCGUUUCUGGAGUCACGAGCAUGGCUGUCCUUCAUUCUGAAUAUUAAGGAGCAUUAGACCCCAUUGUGUCUCCAUGCGCUCGAGCCUCGCAUAUCCACGGCAGCUUUCAUUGCAGAGGCCUUCAGGUCAUCUCAGUUGAACUCUUAGUUUUUAAUAACAACAACGCUGUAAGGACCGACUCCAGAAACUACUAACCCCCUCUCAGUCUUUUUUUUUUAUAUCACAUUAAUCUCUUGUGUCCCUCAUGUAAAUUGUAUUCAGUCCUGUGUUGUUUAUCUGUGAGAUAGCACUGCUGAUGCUGGAUUCGUAUUAAAAAAAUAGUUUACA